ACUUCAGACACAAAACACAAUUCGGCAAACCCUACACCAAUCGCCCAUUCCACUUCCUCCACCGCCACCAGCAGUCCGUCACUCCGGCAGUCGGCCAGCAGCCACUCCAGCAAGCCCUCCACACUGUCGCAGGCACUCGCAGCUCUCCGGACUCCAGUCGCCGCUGUUCGCCCCUCUCGCUAGUCACCCAUCCGUUCGCCCCUCUCACCUUGUCCGCACUCCGCAGUCGGCCGUCCAUACUCCACGUCUCCGCAGCAGAAGCACUGACAGCAUCACAGAUUCACAGCACCAUAGCCGCAUAGGUAGCAAAUUAACAAUUUCAUAUUUUCAUAAUUUCAUUGUCCAUCUUUAAUUUCAUAUAUAAAUUUAUAAUUAUAUAAAUAAUUUAUGUGUAUAUUAUAGCAGCAUGUGUGAAUCAGUGAAUGUGAUGUGUAUAUUAUAUAUUUUCAUAUACAAUUUCAUAUUUUCAAUUCAAUUAACACUUAACAGUAGGUCAGCAGCAUGUGUAUAUUAUAUAUUUUCAUAUAAAAAUUUCAUAUUUUCAAUUCAAUUAUUGGUGUGUGUACAAAUGAUAAAAUUUAGGAAAGCAAUACAACUGAAGAAGAAGAAGAUGAAAAAAAAACUGACGGGCCCGCCAAGCCCGCGGGCUGAAGGCUGGCGGUCCGGGCCAGCAAAACCCAGGCCUGCCAAAGAGCGGGCUUUUUUGGCCCGCCCCGCUUAGGCCCGCGCCCUGCCAGCCUGUAUUAACAGCUCUACCUGGAGUCUCAAGUAUUGCUCAAUAGAACUUUUAAUUAUUAUUAAUUAAUUGUGGAAUAAUUUGUUAAUCCUGGAGUCUCAAGUAUUGCACAAUAGAAUGCGGACAAUAUCUUUCAGACAUAUCAAAAUGCUAGGUGGUAAUUUAUGUACUUACUAAUAAUGCUACUAGUCUAUCUUUUGGAGUUUAAAUUAUAAAAAUCUCUUUGUAUAAACUUAACUUCUUUAAGCUUUUUUUAACACUCAAUUUGAUAGUUAAAUGCUGAGUCCAGCUAAGUAUUGGUGAUUGGUGAAUAAGUUUUUAAAUAGCAUUGUUUAGUAGUUUUGCAAUUCCAUUUGAUAAUCAGAGAACAAAAGUGGUGAAGGAAUUUGUAUUAUUUGGCGAAAUGAGUUCUUGCUGGUAUCAACAGUUCUUGGUGUCAAAGAUGGUGCGUUUAUCAUACCAAUUUUACAACUAAUUGUCUUGAUUGAUUGAAUUUUUCCUGUUUGGAAUUGCAGACCAUUGAAUUACUUGAAGAAGGAAUUGGUAUCUGGCCCAUUUUGGAUUACCAAGCCUCUUGUUUCUAGGCGAGACUAUUGCAGAGGCAAUACUGAUAAUUUAACAACAUAGACCCACCCACUUUAGAGCUUCAAUGGAGCAUUAGACAAUCAGGGAUGCUGUUUAGAAUUUGAGAGCAUUGAUACUUCAUAUGACCCUUCCCCAGUUCUCCAGAUUGCAAAUUCCAUUCAGCUGUCAGGUGAAAUUCUUGUGAAAGGCAUUGCAGCGGCAACCAAGAGAUGGGCAAGAACGAACUUAAAGCAGGAGGCAGUGGCAGUGUGACCUUGGGGUCAAUUACACCACGGCAAAAGCCAAAGGGGAAUAAACAGAGUCAUGUUAAUGCCAAGUUGAUGCUGAAACUGGAGCAUAUAAAGAAUCUCGCAGUUUGGGCUAGUGGUGAAGCGUCCAUACCCUCAUUGGGCGCCUUUUUUGGCAAUCGUUUAGCUGCAUCCUCUGAGGCUUUGGGAUUGCCUCCUGAGCCGUCUUUGUUCUCUUGCCAAAGAUGUGAAUCUGUUCUUCAACCAGGCUAUAAUUGUACUGUUCGAGUUGAGAAGAAUGAUGCAAAGGCACGACGCAGGAACAAGAAACCCAGAAGCAGCCCACAGAAUUAUGCUGUCUAUAAUUGCCAGUUUUGUUCGCAUCGAAAUCUAAAGAGAGGAACUGCUAGAGGCUAUUUGAAGCAGAUAUGCCCACCAAAGGACAGACCAUCUACAAAAGUAGAGCAUCCUAAAUCCUCAACUACCAAGUCUUCUAAACCAAUGACAUGCCCACCAAAGGACAGACCAUCUACAAAAGUCGAGCAUCCUAAAUCCUCAACUACCAAGUCUUCUGAACCAAUGACAGUCCCAGCAAGUAACAAUAAGGACAGCAAAAUAGAUAUAGUGACUUCACCAGAGAUUGUCCAGGGUGAUCAUAUUGCGCUGCCAGCAGACGAGCCUUCAACUCCAUCACUGAGAAUGGACAUUUCCUUAUUGGACUCAAAGAGGAAGAGAAGGAAUAAGUCAGGACUAAAGAAGCCUGUUGAAUCUGAAAGUAUUUCGACUGCCACGGAUGUCGAUCAAGCCAUUUGCACAUCUAACAAGAGAAAGAGGAAAUCUUGGGUUACUUUGAAGGAAAUGGCUAAGAGCAGUGGGCAGGAUAAAAGCACACAGUUCUCAAAUAUAUCAGUCCCAUUUUUUCUGUAAGCUGGGCAACUGAUUCAUCAUAUUUAUUCAUUCAUAUAACAUUUGGUGGUGAUAAUGUCAGCAAAGAAAUUACUGAAGCCAAAUAUAAUAUAAUAUUUUUAUUUUUUGCUUGCAUUGUCUAAAAACACACUAAUAUGGGUGUGAUCUUGGGCUAAUGAAAUAUUCCUUUUAUUUAUUUGUG